GGGCUCUGGGCGGAGGCGGCCCCGGGAGGCGGUGCUCGCGCCGGGACGCGCGGGCCGGGGAUGGCGUCGAUGGCGGCGGCGAUCGCGGCGUCGCGCUCGGCCGUCAUGAGCGGGAACCGGCCGCUGGACGAGCGGGAGCGGAAGCGCUUCACCUACUUCUCGUCGCUGAGCCCCAUGGCCAGGAAGAUCAUGCAGGACAAGGAGAAGAUCCGGGAGAAGUACGGGCCCGAGUGGGCGCGGCUGGCGCCCGCGCAGCAGGACGAGAUUAUCGACCGCUGCCUGGUGGGGCCGCGCGCGGCACCGGCCGCCGACGCGGGGGACGUGGGGGACCCGGCGCGCUUCCCCGGCCUGCGCGGGCCCACGGGCCAGAAGCUGGUGCGCUUCGGCGACGAGGACAUCACUUGGCAAGAUGAACACUCAGCCCCGUUCUCCUGGGAAACAAGAAGUCAGAUGGAGUUCAGCAUCUCGUCCUUAUCCAUCCAGGAGCCCAGCACAGCCACCGUAACCAGUGAUCCCAGGGCCCUGGCCAAGGCCCCUCAGGGCACACAGGGUGCCAGGCCUGCCCAGAGCAGCAGAUCCUCCAGCCUGGAUGCCCUGGGACCAUCCCGAAAAGAGGAGGAAGCCUCCUUCUGGAAGAUCAAUGCUGAGCGCUCUCGGGAGGGGCCUGAGGCUGACUUCCAGUCACUGACACCCAGCCAGAUCAAGUCCAUGGAGAAGGGGGAAAAAGUCGUGCCGGCUUGCUACCGCCAGGAACCCACCCCGAAAGACAGGGAGGCCAAGCCUGGGCCCCAGGAACAUCAAACCCUCCAGAACGUGAGCGCAGAGCAAGAGGUGCCGCGGCCCGUGCCAGCCCCUCUCAGCUUGCUGCCCAAGGCCACCCCCACUGAGUCCCCCAAGAAGCCGCCGCCUCCCCCUGCCACCCAGCAGGAGGAGGAAGAUGAUGCUCUAUUCUCAGAGCCCGCCCUUACGCAGGUCAGCUCAAGCAACGUCCUCUUGAAGACGGGCUUUGAUUUUCUGGACAACUGGUAAACGGUGCUGCCCGGAGGCUCCGCGUGGCCGCCGCCCUAGCGUUCCGAGGAGGUGGCUCUCACUGCCCGUGUAUUUUCCCGUUUUCUCGACUCUUUUCUUAGUCUUUGGGGAAACUGGGAAAUGUUGCCAGGUUUCCCCCUUUUUUGGUAAAACCAAAUAGAUAAAUAUGCUAUUUUCAAUGAUUUGAUAACAAGUUUUACAGUUGGGAUUUUUAAACACUAAGAGUCCAGUGGACCUCGUAAUUGAAGUUUCUGUUCCCAGCUCCAUCCCACUUUCCCCUCCAACAAGGUUCUCUGACCAAGUCACAAAAGGUCGCAAAGAAGGUUCUCCCCCAUCUUUGGACCGGCCCCACCUCUCUCCUGUUGUUUUCCUGCUGGGGCCCCCUGGAUGGCUGCAGGCUGUUGGGUGUCACUGUGGAAGACUCCUUGAAAUGAGCUCACCUGGUGCUCUUCCUCCGCCGAAGCCGGGUGUGGCGGCAUGCGUCCUUCCCCUCCCCCCAGGGCAGGACCCUGACCGCUGGCAGAGGUGCCAGGCACCCUCUGAGCUGUCCCGGUGACUUACUCAGAGCUCUGGUGUUGAAGAUGAGCUGCUUGCCUGUAUGUCGCAUCCUCGCUGUUUCACAUGGGGCUGCAGCAGCUUCCUCGGCUCUGUGGGAGUUUCCUCCUGGAAGCUAUCACCGUCCUGCUCCUGUUUUGGCCCUGGCCGCUCUGGGAGUCAGGGCGGGGACAGCUGGAGAACGGGGCUCUUCUGCCUCACUGUGUUAGAACGUUCCGGUUGGAGGCCCACAGGCCUGACUGUCUUUAACCCCGGCCUGCUCAGGCUAUAUGUGAAGGAAGGACUCCAUCAGCGCUUCCUGAUGGUGAGGAGCAGGCGUCUCCCCCAGCGUCUGCCGUCCUCUGCCCUCACUGCUGCCCUGCCAUGGCCCCGAACCACAUGUACCUACAGGAGGUGCCAGGCAGCUCCGUGAGCUCCGGGUGGCACGGUCUACCCUUUGCUGUCACUCCGUUCUCCUCACCUGAAGCCUUAAUCCCCAUGAGCCCUCCUCCGAGCGCCUGCUUUCAGUUCUGAAAGAUGUAGCCUUCUUAAUGUCUGAAGUACCUUCUGGAAUAUUCUAUUUAGCUUCAAGGUAAAAGCACACGGCAGCUCCCCCACCAGCCCCUCCCCUCAGAAAACAUGCCAGAGCUGCACUUAGGCAAUACUGACGUGAUACCUGCCAAAUAGCUUACGGCCUGGACCUCUGUGCCAUGUCUUCCUUCCCUGUGGGUCCGUGUCCCAUAGCAUUGGCGUAGCAGGAAGGAGAAGGCUUGCCCUCCCACUUGGCCAGGGUGACCCCUCUGGGCAGACAGUCUCACUUCUUACCCACACUCUCCUGAUUCCCUCCUAGGAGACCCACAGGCCUGUCUGUGAAAACGUGGAGAGGCGCUGAGUCUAGGCUGCCCCUGGGAUUAGCCCCUGGGCUGGGGUGUUCUCACAGUGGGUGGUGUGUCUUGAGGAGGCCUCUGAAGAGCGGGUAGAAGUCAGAGAGUCCAGGAGGCCCUAAAGGACCCGCCCGACCUGGGCAGAGUCCACACCGGGCUGGCGUCUUAGUCUCCCCAGGCCUGUGUGGAAGUGACUAGGAAACUGAAACUGUACUGCCGCCUUCUCCUCCUCCACGCACCUGGAUGAAGUAAUUCAUCGUUUUCCUUGAAAGCACAUUCUUUGGCUGAAGCCUGGGUCUGGUUUUGGACCGCAGCACCUGGGAGGCAGCUCUAGGGCUCCGUGUCUUGAUCUCUGUGGCUGCGCUCCACAAAAGCUCUCAGGGACCCAGGCUCUGCCCGUCUGGGUUGUCCCUGAAUCCCAGCUCUCUGGGCCGGGUCGCGCUCCUGUUAGCCGCGGAGUCGGCCUCCUGGCCAGGGGACCCCUCGCGCCAGCCUCAGGAGUGGCCCUCCGUUCCACACGCCUCCCUCUCCUUUGAUACAUAUUUUCAAAAUGGUAAAUUCUUACUGACAGCUUGUAAUUUGGUCCUGUUUUAUACUACUAGCCUUUAAUAAAGCCAUUUUGAAAACGA